UUGCUUUGAAGUGCCGUUAAGUGAACUCCUUCGAAUUGGAAUAAUUGAUCAAUAUUCAUAUUAGAAGUUGGGAACCCAGUUACUCAGGCCGAAAUGGGAAGUGCAGUAAAUGAAUUGAGUGAUUUUAGCAAUACAGGAUUGGUGAAAUGCGGGGAAAUCGUUACGUCUGCAAAGCAAAAUAAUUUUUUGUUCAGAUGUGCUCAGUGCAACGAAAUGUUUUCUCAAAUGGCUAUUUUUACACGGCAUCUUCAAUGGGAACAUCAAGGGAACGUAUUACCCAACAGUUCACAAAAGCUACAAGUAAUAAGCACUUACACCAUGGAGGAGCUGCUGAGUAAUGAAAAUGGCGCUAUGGACACCGGCGAUAAUGAGCUAAGUCUGGAAGAUAUCAACGGAUUGAUUACGGAUGAGGAUGAUGAUACAGGAAUAGAUAGUGAUGUGGAAUUAGAAAACGAGAUAAAAGAACUACUGACUAGUAUUGCUACUACUACCUCGUUAAAUGGAUAUGAAACGGAGUAUUCUGAAAAUGAUUCUGGCGUUGAAAGCAGAAAUAAUACAAAUGAAAAUCCAAGUGAACCUGAUCUGAGAGUUACAAGCAAUACCAAAAAGAACCAGGUAGCCAGUGUUGAUGAAGAGUUAGAGAAAACUUGGAAGAAUCUACAAGAUAAUAUAAACACCAAACAAUCCGAAACUGGAAUAAGAAAUGAUGAAACGGAAAAUAAAUCUGAAUUUGAUAUCAAAGAUAACAGCAAUGAAAAUCAUAAUUCAUGUCUUGGAUAUGACAAAAAUGCAUGUGAGUCAACGGAUGACUGUAAACACGUAAACUAUGGUAAAUUAAAAAUUAAGAAAACAACUAAAGUAGCAGAUGACAAUCAAAGCAGUGACUGUAAGCAACGUCAUAAUUUGAAAAUUUUUGUUAAAACUCAAACGAAAAGUAAUCUGCAAAUAGAAGAAAAAGCCACUUUGAAGAGUCACCUUAAAAUAAAAGACAGUUGCAUAAAUAAACAAUUUCUAUUCAAAUGCGAGGAUAUAAAGAGCAAUUCUGAAGUAGUCUCUCUGACAGAUGUAGAAUCCUCAGAUAUUGAUGAAGCAGGAAAACCACACGACCAGCGGGAUAUUUUACCCGGUAGAGAUAUUAGAAAUUGCCCAAUUGGGGUUAGUGACGUAGCGAUGCAUGAUGCAGAAACUUACACAACACUUGAUCGAUGUGAGCCUUACGUAAUAGCAGAGGUCGACGUUGAAUUGGCAGAAAUAAAAUUUUCCGAAGAAGAAAUCAGUCAGAUGAAAAAGGUUAUGCCCGAAAUGACGCUGGCCACUCUUAAAGAAACUGAAUGCGAGUUAGGAACUCCAACAACACAAUAUUUGAGUAGUUAUCAAAAGGAGUAUCUUGACUUUAAUGCGUCUGAAAUGAAAAGCGUUGCAUCAGGCGAACAUGCUAUUGCACAAGCAGGCGAAAAUGAGAAUCCCCUUGAUCUUAGUUUUGAUAAGUCCUCACAGCUAAGUAAUAUACAAUCGGAGGCAAUUUCAGAAUUCUUAAAUAGCGUUGAUCAUCGCGAAACUACGACCAAGCUAAUCACUGAACAAGUUGAUAAGUUAUUAACACAUCCGUCGACCUUUAUUGAUAACCCAAUUCGUCAGUCGACAAUUGAUUGCAGCCAGUUACAACGUUCCGACAGCAUUGACGGCCUUCAGUUACCACCAUUUUCAAAAUUUUUUAAAAACACAGCAAAUACUUUGAAGAAUACUAAUGGGUUUUUAGCGCAGUCAACACCAAAACAAAAACAUGUAAAUCGUAUGCCAGAAAGAGGAAGCCCAUUACGGCCGUGUGGAAGACUAAAUAUGAAUGAAAACUGUACAUCCGUAUCUACACAAAUCAGUUCUGCAAAUUUUACACACUCAAAUGAAAAUAAUGACUUCAAAAGUUCUAUUCAACUCAAACUAAUGAAGCGAUUAUCACUGGCGAAGAAAAAGGAAAAUAAAUCAAAGAAACGGAAAACUGAAGUUGACGUUGCCAAAACUGAUACCACAGCAAGCAAUUCCGGCAAAAAAAUGGGAUUAGAAAUAUUGAGCGUUGAUAUCAUUGCGCCAGCAGAACAAACUUUGAAUACUGAAAAUAUACUCUGUAACGGUAUUGCAUCAACUGCCGAAGCCCAAACACAAAUAAAAAAAGUCAAUAAUUUCGAGUCUGUUUUUGUAAGGCAAGAUGUAAACAAUAUAUGUAAAAUGGAUACAUAUAUGAGCAUGCCCCACGCUGCCGCCGAUAGCACAAGCGGACCACCUACGACGCCUAUAAAUGUUAUUGACUAUACGCCAGAAGAUACGCUAAAUCAGUUGAAAUUAGAAGCAAUUGCCGAUGAAAAUAAAUUAUUAGAUUCACUAAUGCAAAAUAGUUUUAAUAUUACGGCUCCAUUGAACGUUGAUAUACAAAAGUCACUGCUGGUCGAGGAAAACAGUUCGUUAGAUGAAAGCAUGCUCUCUAACGGUAUUGACGAAGAAAAGUUAAACUCUCUGCUGCUUCGGUCGAUUGGAUUAAAAAUCAUUACUCAUCCCAACGCGGAAGACGGAUUGAAAUUGGAACACUUGGAAGCAAUGCGUGCCAAGGCAAGUAUGUUUGCAAAAAUAUACGCUGACUUUAAGUACCUCUGGAAAUUUAGUAAAGGAAUUAAAAGCUAUGAAAAAUUGGAACUGGAUUUCAGUAGAUUAAUGCAUCGCUUAAACGAGCACUAUAGACUGGAGCUAUCGAUUACGCAGACAAAGCGCAUUGUUAAUCUGGUUUCUAUGUGGUACAUGGACACCUAUCACAAGUGGUUUAUUGAGAAGAAAUCUGCAUUAAAUGUGAUCUAUUAUUUGAACCUCUUCAGCUUCCUACCAAAGACUGCACGGCGCAUUAUCUACUGUGAAGAGUGUCCACGAUAUUUUCUUUCCCGACGUAAAUACUUUUCUCAUCGACAAAAACAUAUUCGCAUGCAAUCCUCUUGCCCCUACUGCCAAACAAUCUUUACCGAUCGCGCAACACAGCUAAUACAUACCAAAGUGUGCACCAUAUUCAAAUGCGUAGAAUGUGGCUGUAAAUUUGAAAAUGCUGCCAGUUUGGAGUAUCAUCUGCGCACCAAGCAUUUGCUGCAAUGCGAGACAUGCGGCCAAUUGUGCGCUAAUGCGGUAGAUUUAGACUGGCAUGAACAUCAGUAUCCGACAAUUUGUGGCUUAUGCAACCGAUUCUUCGACUCAGUGGCAGAAUUACAAAAACAUCGCCAAGAUUCGUUUCACUGGGACUACACCUGUCGAAUAUGUGAAAUUUUCGCGCCCACUGCAACUCAAAUGAAACAGCACCUGUCCAUUUGUAAUGGUAGAUAAUUUGCUUAAUUUCUAUAUACGUAAGACAAUGUAAAAGUGUAUCAACACAUCCAGUAUUUUAAUUGUAAGUAGAAAAUGUGAAUUCAUUUAUUAAUUGUUACCUGCAGUGUUUCUUAAACUAAAUAAAAGCGUGCAAUGAGAAGUGCAUUAUAUGGAAAAGUGAAAAAAACAACAAAUCAUUUUGAUUAUAAAUUUAUGGGAAAUUUUGUGCGCUGUUACAACAACAUACUUUUUUUUACUGUCACUCUUUACCGAAAGUUCCUUCCGACGACAUCCUGGACAAAACUAGCCUACAACAACUGGACCGGGCAGUGUUUGGACAUACACUUAACGACAUUCAUCAGAAGAUACUUACCACCUCGGGGGUUGUCCGAAUGCCGUAAUCGGAGUCCAACCACCACCCACAGCAGUUGAAGAGUAUCAGCUACCUCAAGAGACCGGCGUAAUCUUGGCACAAUUACGUUCUGUAUACUGCAGGAGGCUAAACUCUUACCUACCCAGAAUUGACCCUGACAUACUAAACAUGGGUAUGUUCAACAAUACGCAACGCGUUCUUAAACGUCAUUUUUGUAUCAAAAGUCGUGCAUUAUUUGCAGCAAAAAUUUUCACACUGCCAAUAAAUACGCUAGUACAAUGUCUGAUGAAAAGUGGGUAUUUAAUUAUUUAUUUUAGCUUUUAAUACAAAAAUUGAUGAAAAAUACGA